AUGGGCCUUUUCGACUUCAUAAGCCGAGCUUUUCCUCCCUCCUACCAAGAAGUCACAGCAACCAAGUCAUGGAAAGUGACACUCUUGUUUGGAUCUGACCCAGACUUGUUGAGAGAGGCAAUCUCGCAGGUGAAACUGAACAUCGGCUGGCAAGCCCGCCUCGAGCUUUCCACGACAGAUAUCAUCGAUUUGAUGAGGAAAGGACUGUACGUGUCUCAGGAAAACGUUAUUGUGCAGGAGAGUUGCAUGACCGUACGUCCCUACCAGCAGGAGCACCAGACGUACUACUAUGAUCGUCAUUUUGCUCUUAUCGGCCCUAAGUGGAAAGGGAAUUUGGUGGUCACGACACUUAGCUGCCCUGUUGCAACCAACUUCCGCGUCGAGCAUCUUUCAGCGGACAAAAUAUUUCGCUCUUAUGCAUCGGAUGUUUAUAGGACGCAAUGCUGGGUAUACCAUUUCAUGAUAAAUAAUCCUGAGGUCAACGCAAACUACAUUUUAGACGAUACUCCUUUGAAAGGCUUAUGGCCGUGGCCUCGCAACGAGCAUGUCAUUCAAGAAAGGGAAGAGGAAAGGGAACAGACAAAGGAGAGAAUCGAGGAAGCCGACAUGCUUGACCUGCUCUAA